CGCUAGCGCUGGUUGAGUAUCGACUUUAGAAAGUCUGCGUUGUUUGUUCGACACGGAGUGUGGUUCGUUUCCUCGGCGCAUUUUAGACGGGAGUUUUUGUACGGGUUCUUUUGGUUCAUUCCGGGGGCAGUGUUCCAAUCAUGGAACGUUUUGCCGUGGUCGGUUUGGUGGUGAUCCUGGCAACGGGUGCUUUUGGACAAGAUGCAUGCAGUUCUAGUCCUUGUGCAAACACGGACACUUGCCAUCUUAGAAACAGUCCUGAGGGAUAUGUUUGCCAAUGCACUAUACCAAAUCGGAGUGGGUAUGACUGUAAUACACCAUCAGACAGUCAAGAGGUGUUCACUUGUUAUGGCACUGAUUGUAGAACUGGGAACUUUAGCAGUAACAACUACCCAAACAUCUACCCCAAUCGCUACAGAGCACUUUACCUGAUCUACGUGCCAGGAGCAAACGGAUUCACGUUCACCUUUGAUUCACCCUUUGCAAUUGAGAUGAACAAGGAUGAGUUGUACGUUGGUGCAGGUCUGAAUGUGGAUUUUCAGGCUAUCCAGACUGACAUGGUCAAUGAAAAUGGUGAUGUUUUCUUCUUCCAAGGCGAUCAAGCCCCUGCUCCUUUCACGGUGACAGGAACAGACACAAUUUGGAUGUACUUUCUCACUGAUAAGAACAUUCCCCAACAGGGUUUCCGAGUGAGAUGGGUUGUCCGUGAUAAUUCACCUCCUCUAAUCACCGGAUGUCCAGGGAACCUAGAUUUGACAACCACCAAUCCGAACGGUGAUACUGUCACAUGGACACCACCACAGGCCACAGAUGUUAACAUGUUUAGCACAUCGGCAACACAUCAGCCUGGGCAAUUUUUUAGUCUUGGCACUACGCAAGUUACGUAUACUUUCACGGAUACUCUUGCACUCAGUUCAACAUGUGUCUUCACUGUUACUCAAACUUUCCUUGACAUCAUACCACCGGUAGUAACAUGCCCAGAAAACAUUGCCUUUGAGGUUCCCUUUGGUGCUAAUGGCAGGCAGGUUACCUGGCAACAACCCACUGUCACUGACAAUUCUGGAAACUUCUUUUUUGUGUCAAGUUCCAACAAUCCCAAUGACUUCUUCUCGCCUGGCAGUACCAUAGUAACAUACACCUACAGAGAUAAUUCCAACAACCAGAAUAGCUGCAGUUUCACAGUAUUGAUUACAGCUGCAGUGGACAACAUACCACCAGUAGUAACAUGCCCAGACAACAUUGCCUUUGAGGUUCCCUUUGGUGGUACUGGCAGGCAGGUUACCUGGCAACAACCCACUGUCAGUGACAAUUCUGGAAACUUCUUUUUCGUGUCAAGUACCAACAAUCCCAAUGACUUCUUCUCAGUUGGAAGUACCAUAGUAACAUACACCUACAGAGAUAAUUCCAACAACCAGAAUAGCUGCAGUUUUACAGUAUUGAUUACAGCUGCAGUGGACAACAUACCACCGGUAGUAACAUGCCCAGACAACAUUGGCUUUGAGCUUCCCUUUGGUGCUAAUGGCAGGCAGGUUACCUGGCAACAACCCACUGUCACUGACAAUUCUGGAAACUUCUUUUUCGUGUCAAGUUCCAACAAUCCCAAUGACUUCUUCUCAGUUGGAAGUACCAUAGUAACAUACACCUACAGAGAUAAUUCCAACAACCAGAAUAGCUGUAGUUUCACAGUAUUGAUUACAGCUGCAGUGGACAUCACACCACCGGUAGUAACAUGCCCAGACAACAUUGCCUUUGAGGUUCCCUUUGGUGCUAAUGGCAGGCAGGUUACCUGGCAACUACCCACUGUCACGGACAAUUCUGGAAACUUCUUUUUUGUGACAAGUACCAAUAAUCCCAAUGACUUCUUCAACGUUGGAAGUAACUUAGUUACAUACACCUACAGGGAUGCUGCUAACAAUGUGAACAUCUGCAGUUUCACAGUAUUGAUUACAACUGCAGUGGACAACAUACCACCGGUAGUAACAUGCCCAGACAACAUUGCCUUUGAGGUUCCCUUUGGUGGUACUGGCAGGCAGGUUACCUGGCAACAACCCACUGUCACUGACAAUUCUGGAAACUUCUUUUUCGUGUCAAGUUCCAACAAUCCCAAUGACUUCUUCUCAGUUGGAAGUAACAUAGUAACAUACACCUACAGGGAUGCUGCCAGCAACCAGAAUAGCUGCAGUUUCACAGUAUUGAUUACAGCUGCAGUGGACAACAUACCACCGGUAGUAACAUGCCCAGACAACAUUGCCUUUGAGGUUCCCUUUGGUGGUACUGGCAGGCAGGUUACCUGGCAACUACCCACUGUCACUGACAAUUCUGGAAACUUCUUUUUCGUGUCAAGUUCCAACAAUCCCAAUGACUUCUUCUCAGUUGGAAGUAACAUAGUAACAUACACCUACAGGGAUGCUGCCAGCAACCAGAAUAGCUGCAGUUUCACAGUAUUGAUUACAGCUGCAGUUGACAACAUACCACCGGUAGUAACAUGCCCAGACAACAUUGGCUUUGAGGUUCCCUUUGGUGGUACUGGCAGGCAGGUUACCUGGCAACAACCCACUGUCACUGACAAUUCUGGAAACUUCUUUUUCGUGUCAAGUUCCAACAAUCCCAAUGACUUCUUCUCAGUUGGAAGUAACAUAGUAACAUACACCUACAGAGAUAAUUCCAACAACCAGAAUAGCUGCAGUUUCACAGUAUUGAUUACAGCUGCAGUGGACAACAUACCACCAGUAGUAACAUGCCCAGACAACAUUGCCUUUGAGGUUCCCUUCGGUGGUACUGGCAGGCAGGUUACCUGGCAGCUACCCACUGUCAGUGACAAUUCUGGAAACUUCUUUUUUGUGUCAAGUUCCAACAAUCCCAAUGACUUCUUCUCAGUUGGAAGUAACUUAGUUACAUACACCUACAGUGAUGAUGCUGGCAACAGGAAUAGCUGCAGUUUCACAGUAUUGAUUACAGCUGCAGUGGAUAACAUACCACCGGUAGUAACAUGCCCAGACAACAUUGCCUUUGAGGUUCCCUUUGGUGCUACUGGCAGGCUAGUUACCUGGCAACAACCCACUGUCUCUGACAAUUCUGGAAACUUCUUUUUCGUGUCAAGUUCCAACAAUCCCAAUGACUUCUUCUCAGUUGGAAGUACCAUAGUAACAUACACCUACAGAGAUAAUUCCAACAACCAGAAUAGCUGCAGUUUCACAGUAUUGAUUACAGCUGCAGUUGACAACAUACCACCGGUAGUAACAUGCCCAGACAACAUUGCCUUUGAGGUUCCCUUUGGUGGUACUGGCAGGCAGGUUACCUGGCAGCUACCCACUGUCACUGACAAUUCUGGAAACUUCUUUUUCGUGUCAAGUUCCAACAAUCCCAAUGACUUCUUCUCAGUUGGAAGUAACAUAGUAACAUACACCUACAGAGAUAAUUCCAACAACCAGAAUAGCUGCAGUUUCACAGUAUUGAUUACAGCUGCAGUGGACAACAUACCACCGGUAGUAACAUGCCCAGACAACAUUGCCUUUGAGGUUCCUUUUGGUGCUACUGGCAGGCAGGUUACCUGGCAGCUACCCACUGUCAGUGACAAUUCUGGAAACUUCUUUUUUGUGUCAAGUUCCAACAACCCCAAUGACUUCUUCUCUGUUAGAAGUAACUUAGUAACAUACACCUACAGUGAUGAUGCUGGCAACAGGAAUAGCUGCAGUUUCACAGUAUUGAUUACAGCUGCAGUGGACAACAUACCACCGGUAGUAGCAUGCCCAGACAACAUUGCCUUUGAGGUUCCCUUUGGUGCUAAUGGCAGGCAGGUUACCUGGCAACAACCCACUGUCACUGACAAUUCGGGAAACUUCUUUUUCGUGUCAAGUUCCAACAAUCCCAAUGACUUCUUCUCAGUUGGAAGUACCAUAGUAACAUACACCUACAGAGAUAAUUCCAACAACCAGAAUAGCUGCAGUUUCACAGUAUUGAUUACAGCUGCAGUGGACAACAUACCACCAGUAGUAACAUGCCCAGACAACAUUGCCUUUGAGGUUCCCUUCGGUGGUACUGGCAGGCAGGUUACCUGGCAGCUACCCACUGUCAGUGACAAUUCUGGAAACUUCUUUUUUGUGUCAAGUUCCAACAAUCCCAAUGACUUCUUCUCAGUUGGAAGUAACUUAGUUACAUACACCUACAGUGAUGAUGCUGGCAACAGGAAUAGCUGCAGUUUCACAGUAUUAAUUACAGCUGCAGUGGAUAACAUACCACCGGUAGUAACAUGCCCAGACAACAUUGCCUUUGAGGUUCCCUUUGGUGCUACUGGCAGGCUAGUUACCUGGCAACAACCCACUGUCACUGACAAUUCUGGAAACUUCUUUUUCGUGUCAAGUUCCAACAAUCCCAAUGACUUCUUCUCAGUUGGAAGUACCAUAGUAACAUACACCUACAGAGAUAAUUCCAACAACCAGAAUAGCUGCAGUUUCACAGUAUUGAUUACAGCUGCAGUGGACAACAUACCACCAGUAGUAACAUGCCCAGACAACAUUGCCUUUGAGGUUCCCUUUGGUGGUACUGGCAGGCAGGUUACCUGGCAGCUACCCACUGUCAGUGACAAUUCUGGAAACUUCUUUUUUGUGUCAAGUUCCAACAACCCCAAUGACUUCUUCUCAGUUGGAAGUAACUCAGUAACAUACACCUACAGUGAUGAUGCUGGCAACAGGAAUAGCUGCAGUUUCACAGUAUUGAUUACAGCUGCAGUGGACAACAUACCACCGGUAGUAGCAUGCCCAGACAACAUUGCCUUUGAGGUUCCCUUUGGUGCUAAUGGCAGGCAGGUUACCUGGCAACAACCCACUGUCACUGACAAUUCUGGAAACUUCUUUUUCGUGUCAAGUUCCAACAAUCCCAAUGACUUCUUCUCAGUUGGAAGUACCAUAGUAACAUACACCUACAGAGAUAAUUCCAACAACCAGAAUAGCUGCAGUUUCACAGUAUUGAUUACAGCUGCAGUGGACAACAUACCACCAGUAGUAACAUGCCCAGACAACAUUGCCUUUGAGGUUCCCUUCGGUGGUACUGGCAGGCAGGUUACCUGGCAGCUACCCACUGUCAGUGACAAUUCUGGAAACUUCUUUUUUGUGUCAAGUUCCAACAACCCCAAUGACUUCUUCUCAGUUGGAAGUAACUCAGUAACAUACACCUACAGUGAUGAUGCUGGCAACAGGAAUAGCUGCAGUUUCACAGUAUUGAUUACAGCUGCAGUGGAUAACAUACCACCGGUAGUAACAUGCCCAGACAACAUUGCCUUUGAGGUUCCCUUUGGUGCUACUGGCAGGCUAGUUACCUGGCAACAACCCACUGUCUCUGACAAUUCUGGAAACUUCUUUUUCGUGUCAAGUUCCAACAAUCCCAAUGACUUCUUCUCAGUUGGAAGUACCAUAGUAACAUACACCUACAGAGAUAAUUCCAACAACCAAAAUAGCUGCAGUUUCACAGUAUUGAUUACAGCUGCAGUGGACAACAUACCACCAGUAGUAACAUGCCCAGACAACAUUGCCUUUGAGGUUCCCUUCGGUGGUACUGGCAGGCAGGUUACCUGGCAGCUACCCACUGUCAGUGACAAUUCUGGAAACUUCUUUUUUGUGUCAAGUUCCAACAAUCCAAAUGACUUCUUCUCAGUUGGAAGUAACUUAGUAACAUACACCUACAGUGAUGAUGCUGGCAACAGGAAUAGCUGCAGUUUCACAGUAUUGAUUACAGCUGCAGUGGACAACAUACCACCAGUAGUAACAUGCCCAGACAACAUUAACUUUGAGGUUCCCUUUGGUGGUACUGGCAGGCAGGUUACCUGGCAGCUACCCACUGUCACUGACAAUUCUGGAAACUUCUUUUUCGUGUCAAGUACCAACAAUCCCAAUGACUUCUUCUCAGUUGGAAGUAAUAUAGUAACAUACACCUACAGAGAUAAUUCCAACAACCAGAAUAGCUGCAGUUUCACAGUAUUGAUUACAGCUGCAGUGGACAACAUACCACCAGUAGUAACAUGCCCAGACAACAUUGCCUUUGAGGUUCCCUUUGGUGGUACUGGCAGGCAGGUUACCUGGCAGCUACCCACUGUCAGUGACAAUUCUGGAAACUUCUUUUUUGUGUCAAGUUCCAACAACCCCAAUGACUUCUUCUCAGUUGGAAGUAACUCAGUAACAUACACCUACAGUGAUGAUGCUGGCAACAGGAAUAGCUGCAGUUUCACAGUAUUGAUUACAGCUGCAGUGGACAACAUACCACCGGUAGUAACAUGCCCAGACAACAUUGCCUUUGAGGUUCCUUUUGGUGCUACUGGCAGGCAGGUUACCUGGCAGCUACCCACUGUCAGUGACAAUUCUGGAAACUUCUUUUUUGUGUCAAGUUCCAACAACCCCAAUGACUUCUUCUCAGUUAGAAGUAACUUAGUAACAUACACCUACAGUGAUGAUGCUGGCAACAGGAAUAGCUGCAGUUUCACAGUAUUGAUUACAGCUGCAGUGGAUAACAUACCACCGGUAGUAGCAUGCCCAGACAACAUUGCCUUUGAGGUUCCCUUUGGUGCUAAUGGCAGGCAGGUUACCUGGCAACAACCCACUGUCACUGACAAUUCUGGAAACUUCUUUUUCGUGUCAAGUUCCAACAAUCCCAAUGACUUCUUCUCAGUUGGAAGUACCAUAGUAACAUACACCUACAGAGAUAAUUCCAACAACCAGAAUAGCUGCAGUUUCACAGUAUUGAUUACAGCUGCAGUGGACAACAUACCACCAGUAGUAACAUGCCCAGACAACAUUGCCUUUGAGGUUCCCUUCGGUGGUACUGGCAGGCAGGUUACCUGGCAGCUACCCACUGUCAGUGACAAUUCUGGAAACUUCUUUUUUGUGUCAAGUUCCAACAACCCCAAUGACUUCUUCUCAGUUGGAAGUAACUCAGUAACAUACACCUACAGUGAUGAUGCUGGCAACAGGAAUAGCUGCAGUUUCACAGUAUUGAUUACAGCUGCAGUUGACAACAUACCACCGGUAGUAACAUGCCCAGACAACAUUGCCUUUGAGGUUCCCUUUGGUGCUACUGGCAGGCUAGUUACCUGGCAACAACCCACUGUCACUGACAAUUCUGGAAACUUCUUUUUCGUGUCAAGUUCCAACAAUCCCAAUGACUUCUUCUCAGUUGGAAGUAACAUAGUAACAUACACCUACAGAGAUAAUUCCAACAACCAGAAUAGCUGCAGUUUCACAGUAUUGAUUACAGCUGCAGUGGACAACAUACCACCGGUAGUAACAUGCCCAGACAACAUUGCCUUUGAGGUUCCCUUUGGUGCUAAUGGCAGGCAGGUUACCUGGCAACUACCCACUGUCACUGACAAUUCUGGAAACUUCUUUUUCGUGUCAAGUUCCAACAAUCCCAAUGACUUCUUCUCAGUUAGAAGCAACUUAGUAACAUACACCUACAGUGAUGAUGCUGGCAACAGGAAUAGCUGCAGUUUCACAGUAUUGAUUACAGCUGAAGUGGACAACAUACCACCAGUUGUAACAUGCCCAGACAACAUUGCCUUUGAGGUUCCCUUUGGUGCUAAUGGCAGGCAGGUUACCUGGCAACAACCCACUGUCUCUGACAAUUCUGGAAACUUCUUUUUUGUGUCAAGUACCAACAAUCCCAAUGACUUCUUCUCAGUUGGAAGUAACAUAGUAACAUACACCUACAGGGAUGCUGCCAGCAACCAGAAUAGCUGUAGUUUCACAGUAUUGAUUACAGCUGCAGUGGACAACAUACCACCGGUAGUAACAUGCCCAGACAACAUUGCCUUUGAGGUUCCCUUUGGUGCUAAUGGCAGGCAGGUUACCUGGCAACUACCCACUGUCACUGACAAUUCUGGAAACUUCUUUUUCGUGUCAAGUUCCAACAAUCCCAAUGACUUCUUCUCAGUUAGAAGCAACUUAGUAACAUACACCUACAGUGAUGAUGCUGGCAACAGGAAUAGCUGCAGUUUCACAGUAUUGAUUACAGCUGAAGUGGACAACAUACCACCAGUAGUAACAUGCCCAGACAACAUUGCCUUUGAGGUUCCCUUCGGUGGUACUGGCAGGCAGGUUACCUGGCAACAACCCACUGUCUCUGACAAUUCUGGAAACUUCUUUUUUGUGUCAAGUACCAACAAUCCCAAUGACUUCUUCUCAGUUGGAAGUAACAUAGUAACAUACACCUACAGGGAUGCUGCCAGCAACCAGAAUAGCUGCAGUUUCACAGUAUUGAUUACAGCUGCAGUGGACAACAUACCACCAGUAGUAACAUGCCCAGACAACAUUAACUUUGAGGUUCCCUUUGGUGGUACUGGCAGGCAGGUUACCUGGCAACAACCCACUGUCUCUGACAAUUCUGGAAACUUCUUUUUUGUGUCAAGUACCAACAAUCCCAAUGACUUCUUCUCAGUUGGAAGUAACAUAGUAACAUACACCUACAGUGAUGAUGCUGGCAACAGGAAUAGCUGCAGUUUCACAGUAUUGAUUACAGCUGAAGUGGACAACAUACCACCAGUAGUAACAUGCCCAGACAACAUUGCCUUUGAGGUUCCCUUCGGUGGUACUGGCAGGCAGGUUACCUGGCAACAACCCACUGUCUCUGACAAUUCUGGAAACUUCUUUUUUGUGUCAAGUACCAACAAUCCCAAUGACUUCUUCUCAGUUGGAAGUAACAUAGUAACAUACACCUACAGGGAUGCUGCCAGCAACCAGAAUAGCUGCAGUUUCACAGUAUUGAUUACAGCUGCAGUGGACAACAUACCACCAGUAGUAACAUGCCCAGACAACAUUAACUUUGAGGUUCCCUUUGGUGGUACUGGCAGGCAGGUUACCUGGCAACAACCCACUGUCUCUGACAAUUCUGGAAACUUCUUUUUUGUGUCAAGUACCAACAAUCCCAAUGACUUCUUCUCAGUUGGAAGUAACAUAGUAACAUACACCUACAGGGAUGCUGCCAGCAACCAGAAUAGCUGCAGUUUCACAGUAUUGAUUACAGCUGAAGUGGACAACAUACCACCAGUAGUAACAUGCCCAGACAACAUUGCCUUUGAGGUUCCCUUCGGUGGUACUGGCAGGCAGGUUACCUGGCAACAACCCACUGUCUCUGACAAUUCUGGAAACUUCUUUUUUGUGUCAAGUACCAACAAUCCCAAUGACUUCUUCUCAGUUGGAAGUAACAUAGUAACAUACACCUACAGGGAUGCUGCCAGCAACCAGAAUAGCUGCAGUUUCACAGUAUUGAUUACAGCUGCAGUGGACAACAUACCACCAGUAGUAACAUGCCCAGACAACAUUAACUUUGAGGUUCCCUUUGGUGGUACUGGCAGGCAGGUUACCUGGCAACAACCCACUGUCUCUGACAAUUCUGGAAACUUCUUUUUUGUGUCAAGUACCAACAAUCCCAAUGACUUCUUCUCAGUUGGAAGUACCAUAGUAACAUACACCUACAGGGAUGCUGCCAGCAACCAGAAUAGCUGCAGUUUCACAGUAUUGAUUACAGCUGCAGUGGACAACAUACCACCAGUAGUAACAUGCCCAGACAACAUUAACUUUGAGGUUCCCUUCGGUGGUACUGGCAGGCAGGUUACCUGGCAACAACCCACUGUCUCUGACAAUUCUGGAAACUUCUUUUUUGUGUCAAGUACCAACAAUCCCAAUGACUUCUUCUCAGUUGGAAGUAACAUAGUAACAUACACCUACAGAGAUAAUUCCAACAACCAGAAUAGCUGCAGUUUCACAGUAUUGAUUACAGCUGCAGUGGAUAAUGUUGAUCCUGUCAUCACAUGCCCACCGGACAUUAACCAACAGGUUACUUCAGGCUCGGAGAACGGUGCCCAGAUAAGGUGGGCGAUGCCCACAGCUACUGACAACACUGGGAUCCCACCAGUUGUGACCUUAUCCUCAGAUCCGUCCCAAAUUCCAAACUCCCUCUUUAUCUUUGGAAGCCAUAAUAUCAGCUACACAGCCACAGACUUGGCGGGCAACCAGGCAAUGUGCACGUUCACUAUCACUGUUGUUGAUCGCAUUUCCCCAAUAGUUAACUGCCCUGCAGACUUAACAUUCACAAUUCCGCUUGGUACAAGUGGCAGAACAGUCUCCUGGUCUUUGCCGACCGUCACAGAUAACGCGGGGGUCUACACCCAUGUGUCGAGCACCCACAAUCCCAACGAUUUUUUCAGAGUUGGCUCCACCCGUGUCACCUACACAUACCAAGAUGCUAGUAACAAUGUAGCCAGCUGCAAUUUCAACAUAGUGAUUAAUCAAGUGGACGUUACACCUCCAUAUCUGGUCACCUGUCCAGCCGACAUAAUGAUAAACCUACCUGGAGGUGAUGCUCCGGUUAGAGUGGACUUCGAUGUGCCUACAGCCCAGGAUAAUUCUGGCACUGCUACGCUUGUGUCAAAUAACUUCAGUCCCAAUGACCUCUUCCCCUUAGGGAGAACCGUUGUGAUGUAUCGAUUCGCCGACGCCGCUGGAAACUCUGUCACUUGCAGUUUUGCUGUAGAAGUCAAUGAAGUAUCGAAUCCAUGUUUGUCCCAGCCCUGUAGGAAUGGUGGAGCAUGUGUACCGAUAACAACAACAUCUUACCAAUGUGUCUGUCCAAGUUGCUACUCAGGAGAUUUUUGCCAGCUGGCUGCUGACGCUUGCCAGAACAACGGUUGUCUGAAUGGUGCUAACUGUGUUGCGUUCCCAGGCUCAUGUACUCAGUAUCAAUGCGAGUGCUCAAACUGCUUCUUUGGCAGAUUCUGUGAAAACAAUGUUGACAACUGUGAGAACAACCAGUGUUCAAAUGGAGCUGUUUGUGCUACAAACACAGACUGUACACUUUACACCUGCCAUUGCCCACCAUGCUUCACUGGACAGUUCUGUACCGUCCCCGUUACUAGCUGCCUUACCAGCAACUGCAUGAAUGGUGGUGUGUGUCAACAGACUUCCCUGAAUCCAUUUUCCUGCAACGAGUACACUUGUACUUGCACUGGAUGCUUCACUGGCCAAUGGUGUGAACAGCCGCGACAAGCUUGUAAUCCAAACCCGUGCAACAACGGUGGACUUUGUACCAACGUUCAGAAUAACUGUCUUGCGUACACCUGCAUGUGUGUGGGUUGCUUCACUGGUUUCAACUGUGAAAUUCCAAUCACCAAUCCCUGCCAACAGAACCCCUGUCAGAAUGGAGGCAACUGUCAGAAUGAGGUUGGAAAUUGUGCAAGUUAUUCCUGCCAAUGUCCCUUGACGCACACCGGCGUGAACUGUGAACUGACUAUUACUGUGAACCCGAAUCCUUGUAACAGUUUCCCCUGUCUGAACGGAGCCACAUGUCUAACCAUGGAUGGAACGCACUACAUCUGUAUGUGCAUAAACGGAUUCGUUGGACUCAACUGCGAGACUCCAUCAGUGAACCUUCCUCAACUGGAAAGGUGCACAAACUCACAGUGCAACAAUGGUGGAACCUGCUACAACAGUUACAACAGCAAAUCGGGACAAAACGUUCAGAGCGGGCAGUACUCCUGUGUCUGUGCACAGGGCUUCACCGGAAUCAACUGUAACAUUGCUACAGUCUCACAGCCCAGCUUAGACAUCUGCUCAAUUACAACACGGCCUGCCUGUGAGCAAGGUGCUCGGUGUCUCAAUGACUACCAUAGCUACGACGCUGAUGUAGACUACUUCUGUGACUGCCCAGUGGGCUACAUCGGUCACAACUGUGAAACGUCAAGUAUAAACCCAUGUACGAGUGGCCCUUGCCAGAAUGGUGGCCAGUGUUCAGGCUUCAACACCUACUUCACGUGCCAGUGUACAAGUGAAUUCACCGGCCCCACGUGCGAAAUGCCAUUUGGUGACACCACCAGUCCGGUCAUCACCGGUUGUCCAACUUCUGUGACUCGCAACGUUUCUCCAGGAACUACGAUGACCAUUGUUACCUGGGUCCCACCUCAAUCGACAGAUAACUCUGGUACCAGCACCUUGGCCUUCGUUACCAAUCAACCCAACACUUUGUUCCCCGUUGGGGUCACCGCCGUCUCCUAUCUCUUCCAGGAUCCCAGUAAUAACUAUGCUGUCUGUGCGUUCUACGUAACAGUUACAUCUGGAUCUGGAGACAACCUUCCUCCAGUGGUGAACAAUUGCCCCGUUCAGGGCGUGGUACAAACUGCCCCACAGGGUACGACCUCAGCAGUUGUUACGUGGAAUGAACCAUCAGCAACAGAUAACUCGGGUGGAUUUGUUCAACGUUCUUCAAACCGUUCCCCGGGACAGAACUUUCCCCUUGGAGUAACAGAGAUUACAUACACCUUUACUGAUCCAUCUGGAAAUCAAGCAUUCUGCCGGUUUACUGUCACUGUUACAUCAGUGGGAGAUUCCGUGCCCCCAGUAGUCAGUGGUUGUCCAACCGAAGACGUGACGGGAACAGUCCUUCAAGGCGCAUCCACAGCUGUUGUGAGUUGGACCGCACCUACAGCCACGGAUAACUCGGGGGGAUUUGUUUCAGUCGUGUCGAACCGCAGUCCUGGACAAAGCUUUAAUAUUGGAAUGACGGCAAUACAGUACACCUUCACUGAUCCAUCUGGAAAUCCAGCGUUCUGUCGGUUUACCGUUACUGUGUCAUCAGGAGGAGACACGACUCCCCCGGUGGUCACAGGUUGCCCAACUCAAGGUGUGACCGCGGUAGCCCAACAAGGCGCAACCUCCGCAACGGUCAAUUGGAGUGUACCCAGAGCUACAGAUAACUCCGGAGGAUUUGUAGCAGUAACAUCAAACCGUUCUCCUGGACAAAUGUUCAGUCUUGGAAUGACGCAAGUUGAAUACGUCUUUACUGACUUGUCUGGAAAUCAAGCUUUCUGUCGGUUUGCUGUGGUUGUUAUCGCAGCUGGUGGAGACACUACUCCUCCAGUGAUCAGUGGUUGUCCAUCAAGUGCUUCAGCCGUGGCCCCUCAAGGUUCAACAACAGCCACUGUGACUUGGAAUGAGCCAACUGCGACAGAUAACUCGGGUGGAAAUGUACUACGUACUUCAACCCAUUUCCCUGGACAAAGUUACCAAGUUGGAAUGACCAUGAUCACAUACACGUUCACUGACCCAUCUGGAAACCAAGCAUUCUGCAAUUUUGUUGUCACUGUUUCAACAUCUUCUGGUGGAGACCAGCCUCCAGUGAUUACUGGUUGCCCAACAGGGGUCACAGGUGUAUUGUCUCCAGGUAUGAAUACAGGUACAGCUACAUGGACCCCGCCUCAAGCUACGGAUGAUGAUGGGCUGCCAGUUAGUGUAGGCUUCACUGCUGCACCGGGCCAGCCCUUCUCAAUCGGCCAAACAGAAGUUAGAUACUUCUUUGCUGACUCCACCGGAAAUGUAGCAACGUGCAUGUUCUUUGUCACGAUUACAGAUGGAUCUGGAGGAGACACCAUUCCUCCAGUGAUCAGUGGUUGUCCACAAAGUGCGACAGGUGUAGUCCCUCAAGGUUCAACAUCAGUCAGUGUGACUUGGGUUGAGCCAACUGCGACAGAUAACUCAGGUGGACCUGUACAACGUACUUCAGACCGCUCGCCAGGACAGACUUUUGGCCUUGGAUCAACACAGGUUACGUACACUUUCACUGACCAAUCUGGAAAUCAAGCAUUCUGCCAGUUUACUGUCACUGUUACAUCAGGAGGAGGAGGAGACACCAUUCCUCCAGUGAUCAGUGGUUGUCCACCAGGUGCCUCGGCUGUAGCCCCUCAAGGCCAAACGUCAGCCGUUGUGACUUGGAAUGAGCCAACUGCGACAGAUAACUCGGGUGGAAAUGUACAACGUUCUUCAAACCGCUCCCCUGGAGAAAGUUUUUCAGUAGGAAUGACCAUGAUAACGUACACAUUCACUGACCAGUCUGGAAACCAGGCUACUUGCACGUUUGCUGUCACUGUUUCAACAGGUUCAGGUGGAAACCAGCCCCCAGUGAUCACAGGUUGCCCUCAAGGAGUCACAGGUGUAUUGACUCCGGGUAUGAAUACAGGUACAGCUACAUGGACCCCGCCUCAAGCUACAGAUGAUGAUGGGCUGCCUGUUAGUGAAGGCUCUACUGCUGCACCAGGCCAAUCCUUCCCGUUGGGCCAAACAGAAGUCAGAUACUUCUUUGGUGACUCCACCGGAAAUGUAGCAACGUGCAUUUUCUUUGUCACGAUUACAGGUGGAUCUGGAGGAGACACCAUUCCUCCAGUGAUCAGUGGUUGUCCAUCAGGUGCGACAGCCGUGGCCCCUCAAGGCCAAACGUCAGCCUCUGUGACUUGGAAUGAGCCAACUGCGACAGAUAACUCGGGUGGAAAUGUUCAACGUUCUUCAAACCGCUCUCCAGGACAGACUUUUGGCCUUGGAUCAACACAGGUUACGUACACUUUCACUGACCCAUCUGGAAAUCAAGCAACCUGCCGGUUUACUGUCACUGUUACUUCUGGUGGAUCUGGAGGAGACACCAUUCCUCCAGUGAUCAGUGGUUGUCCAUCAGGUGCGACAGGUGUAGCCUCUCAAGGUUCAAACGUAGCCACUGUGACUUGGGUUGAGCCAACUGCGACAGAUAACUCGGGUGGAAAUGUUCAACGUUCUUCAGACCGUUCUCCAGGACAGUCUUUUGGCCUUGGAUCAACACAGGUUACCUACACUUUCACUGACCCAUCUGGAAAUCAAGCAACCUGCCGGUUUAUUGUCAAUGUUAUAUCAGGAGGAGACACCAUUCCUCCAGUGAUCAGUGGUUGUCCAUCAGGUGCUUCAGCCGUGGCCCCUCAAGGCCAAACGUUAGCCACUGUGACUUGGAAUGAGCCAACUGCGACAGAUAACUCGGGUGGAAAUGUUCAACGUUCUUCAAACCGUUCCCCAGGACAGACUUUUGGCCUUGGAUCAACACAGGUUACGUACACUUUCACUGACCCAUCUGGAAAUCAAGCAACCUGCCGGUUUACUGUCACUGUUACUUCUGGUGGAUCUGGAGGAGACACCAUUCCUCCAGUGAUCAGUGGUUGUCCAUCAGGUGCGACAGGUGUAGCCUCUCAAGGUUCAAACGUAGCCACUGUGACUUGGGUUGAGCCAACUGCGACAGAUAACUCGGGUGGAAAUGUUCAACGUUCUUCAGACCGUUCUCCAGGACAGUCUUUUGGCCUUGGAUCAACACAGGUUACCUACACUUUCACUGACCCAUCUGGAAAUCAAGCAACCUGCCGGUUUAUUGUCAAUGUUAUAUCAGGAGGAGACACCAUUCCUCCAGUGAUCAGUGGUUGUCCAUCAGGUGCUUCAGCCGUGGCCCCUCAAGGCCAAACGUUAGCCACUGUGACUUGGAAUGAGCCAACUGCGACAGAUAACUCGGGUGGAAAUGUUCAACGUUCUUCAAACCGUUCCCCAGGACAGACUUUUGGCCUUGGAUCAACACAGGUUACGUACACUUUCACUGACCCAUCUGGAAAUCAAGCAAUCUGCCAGUUUCCUGUCACUGUUACUUCUGGAUCUGGCGGCGACACCACUCCUCCAGUUAUCACAAACUGUCCUUUGACAGUGUCAGGUGUAACGGACCCAGGCCUGAAUACAGGCAAGGCUUCUUGGACAGAGCCUCAAGCUACUGACAAUAGUGGUUUGCCGGUCCGAGUUGCCCGAUCCCACUUUCCAGAGUCCACCUUCCCGUUAGGCCAGACGGAGGUGCAAUACAUCUUUACUGAUACAUCGGACAAUCAGGCCAUUUGUGCUUUCACUGUCACAAUCACAGGUGGAUCUGGAGGAGACAACAUUCCUCCAGUGAUCAGUGGUUGUCCAUCAGGUGCGACAGGUGUAGCCUCUCAAGGUUCAAACAUAGCCACUGUGACUUGGGUUGAGCCAACUGCAACAGAUAACUCGGGUGGAAAUGUUCAACGUUCUUCAAACCGCUCUCCAGGACAGACUUUUGGCCUUGGAUCAACACAGGUUACGUACACUUUCACUGACCCAUCUGGAAAUCAAGCAACCUGCCGGUUUACUGUCACUGUUACAGCUGCAGUACAAGGCCCCUCUAUCUCAUGUCCAGCAUCUGUAACAGGUUUCACACGAUCAAAUAACCAGCGUGUAGAGCUAUCAUGGACUGCUCCAACUGUUAGCGGCGGUAGCGGCCAGACGUCUGUGACAGCAAACCCCAAUUCUUACCCUGCCUACACUGGGAUGUUCUCGGUCGGUUCAACGUCGAUUGUGUACACAGUAACUGAUGCAUUAGGGAACCAGAAUACCUGCACAGUGAGACUCAAUGUCAUUUUGGACAAUCAGCCACCCACUUACACCGGUUGCCCCGGUGGUAGAACGGCUGUACUGCCAACAGGGAGUUCAACUGUGGUUGUGACGUGGACUGAGCCAAUAGCUCAAGACAACAACGGAGUAGCAAGGACAGACCAGACCCAUCAGCCUGGAAGCAGCUUCUCUGCUGGGCUCUCUACGGUUAUGUACACCUUUACUGAUGUGGCCGGCAAUCAAGCUGUCUGUGAAUUCACAGUAACUGUGACAACUUCUGUAACGCCAACACCUUGUUCCAGUAAUCCCUGUGCUCCACCUCUCAGCUGUUUCUUCACGGCUGAUUCAUACAUCUGCAUUGAUCAAUCGGCUGGACGAAGAAAGAGAGACACUGGCAUAGAUGAUGUUGAAGAUGUUGAAUACUGCCCUUGUGAGAACGGCGGUCUAUGCGUGAAGAGUUCCUCAGACGUCAAUAGUUUCUACUGUGUCUGCCCACACGGAUUCAAUGGUAUUCUCUGCGCUGACGUUAUCGCUGAUGUCAGCGUCUGUGAUCCCAACCCAUGUGGUAACAAUGGCACCUGUAACCCUCACCUCAACAAUAAGAUUGGCUUUGAAUGUAUCUGCAAGCCUGGGUGGAAGGGAAUGCACUGUUUAGAGAGGGGUGAUCAAAUGAGCCAACACGACAUGCAAGAAUACACCGACGGUCACAACAUACUGACGUGGAGUCUUGUUGCCUUUGCUAGUGCUUUGUGUACAGUCAUCAUCAUGAUGGCCGCCCUGUUUUGUCGCCUUCUGGCCCCUCGACUUGGCAACCGCAAGCUUCGAAAUGAUGAGAUCACCAUAGUCCAUUAAAGUCAAGAUUCAGAUUUUUUUGUUUAAUUAAUCAUGACUUUUGUUUUAUUAUGUCUUUGGUUUAGUUGAUUUUUUGUUUACUUAAAAAAAGAUAAAUGUAGCAUUUUUUCACCAAACCUAUAAUACUUUACAAAAUUGUGUAUGUUACAUAAUUAUGCAUAUUUUUUUCUGUGCUGGCAUUUCUUUCUCUUAUAUAAAAAAAAGGAAAUUUAAGCAAAAAACCCAGAUGGACCAUAAUUCCGUAAAAGGUAAUAACAGUGAUCCAAUUUAUUGGGGUUCUAUACUUUUUCCCUUUUUUUUUAUUUGUAACUAUAAACAUUGUAAGCACAUAAUAUAGUAUAUCUAUUUACUAGUAGAGAAAUCCUGAUGAGCAGAGCUUUCGAUUCAAUCAGACUUGACAGAUGAUACAAUCUGCUUAGCAAAAAUUUGCAGGAUACCAGUCACAAAUUGUACAUGCGGCAUGCUUUUUUGGCUGCUAACCUUUUUCUGGUAAGCAUAAUAGUGUUGUUCUUUAAUAGCUACUUUUUGUGCUUAUAAGCAGCUCUAUCAAACUUGGAUGGAGUCAAAUUCUAAUAAGAACAAUUUGUUUGAAUACCGUACCGUAGCAAAAAGCUGCCCAAAAUGUACUGCUCAAUAUCACUAGCAUUCAGUCUGCACAAAACGUGUUAAUUUUGAAUUUAUUUGCUUGGAGAAUUUACUGGAUAAAAUAAGUCACUGGAUGAUUCAAUCAAAUCCAUUGUUAUAUUUUAAAAGCAAUUCUCCUAAAUUAAUAAACAAACUAAGCUAUUUUUAAAGCUAUUUUUAAGCUAUUUUUCAAAAAUUAAAAACAUGCAAAUUGUUGCAGGGCAAAAAGGGUUCCUGUUCUAUUGAUUUCUGUAGUUGUAGAUUUGUAUUUAAAAAAAGACACCUUAUUUUCAAAUGUUAUAUGCAUACGUAAUAAAUGUUUACGUAAUAAAUGUUUAUGUAAGAACACUAGCAGUAGGUACAAAUAUUUGUGCACAUCCAAUAAUUCUAGGCAGAUAGUUUUGACAAACUCAACAGACUUUGGGAUCUAUAGAGUAUCUCGGCAUUGAAGCAGUGCUAGUUAAAUUAAUGUGCAUUAAAAAUCCAACCAUUUGUGCAAGCGUGCCAUUUUUUAAUUACAUGUGUUUAUAAUGAUGUACAUUGACAUAAGAUUCUAUCUUUUGAACAACUCACCGCUUAUGUAGAAUUCAUAGUUUUUUGUUUAAACAGUCGACGCUUGUGAAAGAUGUUUGGUCCAAUCUUUGGCCGACUUGACCAGAGUAUUCAGAUUUAAACUUUAUAAAUAGCUAUUUUCAUAGAUUCUAGAAAGUAAUAACAGCAUUCAGUUUAAGGUAUUGCACACAAAAACGGAAAUGAUUAAAGUGAUAGCGAAUUAAAAACUAAGAGUUAUUGUUGGAAUGUCAACAUUAUCUCACAUCCACCUGACAUGUACAAACAAUGUUAUAUGUUAUAUGUGUUUUGUGCCUUGUCCAUUAAUGCAAAACUUAGUGCAUGUUUUUUCAUUUUUAAACGGCAUCAUCUGUCAAAAAGUUUGUUGUAUUAAAGUUUCUUUCGGUGAAAAUUAAGCCAUGCAAGACUUAGAGGGUUCCAGUCGAUACAAGGUUUUAUUGCUGGCCUUAAACUGCCAUGUGUUUCUAUGUAUACUUUUAAAUGACUGCUUUGUGUCUAUAAGCAUCAAAGUUUGUAGCUACACUUGACGACAGAAUUUUGUGGUUUUUUUUUACAACUUUGUAUUGAGUGACUAAGAUAUUACAUUUAUGUAUUCCCUUAACGCUGAAGGCUAAAUUUUUUAACUUUAUUCUCAUGCCAAAUCAGAAACUUGUCUUUAGAGAAGGGCAAGAAAUAAGAUCAACUGUGUACUUUGUAGAUUUGGUUGUCGGUUUUUGUCUCUGUGUAAAAAUAGACAAGUGGAUUCUAACUUUGGGCAUUUCGAUAAUGAGCACACUUUUGAAAGACCGUUUUUUUUUUUUUUUGAAAGACCAUGGCCCACUUCUAUUAAGCUCAUAAGCAGAAAAUGGUACUAUAAAUAUUUUACUGCCUAACAAAAAUCUAGCAGGAAACCAGUCACAAACAAUACAUUCCAUGAUAUUUUUGGCUGGUAGCUUGUCAACUAAGCAGGCUUUUUUGUGCUGAACAGCUUCAUAAAAUGGAGCCCCAUGUUGUUUACCUUCUCCAAUAGAUUUCUCAAAUUCUUAUUUCUGUAUUGUAACCUAAAAACCCACUGAAGGGUUGUAGAAUGUUAGGGUAGUGUUUCUUAAAGUUUGUCAACUCAAAGAGAUUUUUUUUAUAAAUAAAUGCAACAGCAAUUCUGCCAAUAAUUUA